GUGCGGUUCCUGGAGCAGCAGAACCAGGUGCUGCAGACCAAAUGGGAGCUGCUGCAGCAAAUCGACGUCAGAAGCCACAGAGUCAACCUGGAGUUCAGCUUUCAGGAGUACAUUGAAAAACUGACAAAUCAAUUGAAUGCACUCUUGGCAGAAAGAACAUCGCAAGAUUCAGAGCUGAACAACAUGCAGGAUCUCGUGGAGGAUUUUAAGAAGAAGUAUGAGGAUGAAAUCAACAAGCGCAUGACUGCUGAGAAUGAGUUUGUGACCCUUAAAAAG